UUAUUUCGUUCGGAAAAACGUUAUGUCAAAGAGAGGGGACAUUAAAAAUGCGUUGCUCAGUGAAAGGCUGAGAUGCUCUUUCAGAGAUGCAAUGGUUAAUUAAACAAAUGACGGAAAAAUGUAGCUCGUUCAUUUUAUAAUUUUAAUUAUUUUUGCCCUUGACAAUAAUACCUCUUUUAUAGUGUUGAUUAUCAUAAGAAAAAUAACACUCCUGAUCGUUGGAUCUCUUUUGACAUUUCAAUUGGAUCUUUUUUGACAGCCGUUUUGAUUCAGUCCGCACUACCUAGGUUUUAACAAGUUGGCCCACCUUAUGAUAUACUUCUACGCGCCUUGGUGCCAAAGUAUUCUGCUAGUGAUUGGACGGUAUUUUGCAAAAAAAAAUCGGUUUGUGUCGAAUAUCAUUCUACAGAAAAAGUAAUUCGUGAAUUUAGUGUCUGUAAUAACAGUUGAAUUCCCAACAUCUUGUUUCACUAUUUUGCCAUCUCAUCUGUUCGUAGUCGCUAUUACUGAAUUGCACAAGCGAAAAAAAAUACAGCUGAAGAAUGGUGAAAAUGGACGAUUUCAAGCUUUCCUGCGAGCUAACCGGUCAUAAGCUGGAUGUUCGCGCAGUAGCCGAAGGGAAAGGUAUCAUUGUUUCCGGAUCUCGUGAUAAAACUGCGAAGGUAUGGAGUCCUCUCGACGGACGUUACUCCGAAACCGAAACGCUGAGCCAUCACUCUAACUUUGUGGCUGCCGUGUUGGUGAUUGAGGAAAAUGAUUGGAUUUGUACGGCCAGCAACGACGCCACCAUCUGUGUGUACAAAUAUCCGAGCGCGAUGGAACCGUUUAUGGUGCUGAAGGGUCAUACUUCAACGGUUUGUGCGCUGGCCAAGGGAAGCAGCCCGAAUGUGCUGAUGUCCGGGAGUUGGGACAAAAGUGCGAAAAUUUGGACCGACAUUUCCUCGUCCCAAUCGAGCAUGACUCUGGUCGGGCAUGAAGCGGCCGUUUGGACUGUGGCGAGACUUCCGUCGGGAAAAUAUAUCACAGGAUCUGCCGAUAAAAGCAUCUUUGUUUGGAAUGAUAAAGGCGAAAAGUUGGUUGUGCUGCUAGGUCACAAAGACUGUGUGCGGGGGCUGUGUCCUUUGCCAAGAGGUGGUUUCCUAAGCUGCUCGAAUGAUGCAACGAUUCGAUACUGGGACGAUACAUACGAAUGUAUGCGAGAAUUCCACGGCCAUACAAAUUACAUCUACAGCAUUUCAAGGUGCGACUUUUGGGGAGAAGAUGUAUUUGUCACCAGUGGAGAGGACAGUACCAUCCGAAUGUGGAGUUUGAAGGAAGGUGCAUUGGGGGAAGCCAUGCAUCUUCCGGCCCAAUCGGUUUGGUCCGUGGUUGCCCUACGUAACGGAGACAUCGCGACCGGCACUAGUGAUGCAAUUGUUCGGGUUUUUACAACAUGUAGCGACAGAGUGGCCUCUCAGGAAAUACUAGAUGCCUACAAGGUGGCGGUGGAUGUUCGGAUCAACGAGAGCAGCAAGCAGCUAGGAGAUAUGAAUGUGAAUGAGAUUCCUGGGCCUGAAUCAUUACUCUCGAAGGGUCGCACAGGGCAAACCCGAAUUGUUCGUCACUCUGAUGGCAGAAUAAUGUGUUAUCGGUGGGAUGACGACAAUUGGGAUUGCGUGGGAGAUGUUAUGGGGGCUAUAGGAGGGGAAAAAGAUAAGAUGUACGAAGGACGAGAGUACGAUUUUGUCUUCAACGUGAAUCUCUCGGAUGAUGCACCAAAUCUUAAGCUGCCCUAUAAUCGAGGCCAAGAUCCUUGGUUGGUGGCGCAACGCUUUAUCCACAAGCAUAAUCUUCCCCAGGGCUAUCUCGAUCAAGUAGCUAAUUUUAUAACGAAAAAUGUUGGCGAUGCGCAAAUAAAGUCAGCGGCUCGGCCUGGGACCACUGCGGAUCCUUUUACUGGAGCUUCUCGGUAUGUUCUGGGAUCGGGUUCAAGCUAUCAACCCGUGUCUGCCAAUACAGAUCCAUUCACCGGAGGCUCUAGCUAUACAACUCAAACACCUAAUGUUGGCACAUCAAAUGGUGGCAAUGUUCCAGCUGCGGCUAAUGCGGAUCCUUUUACGGGUGAUUCAAGUUAUUCUACCGGAUCAACUGAGACGAAGAAAGUCAACUCACAUUUUCCACACAGACAUUUCGUAACGAUAGAAAAAGCCGAUCUGGGCAAGAUUCUUGUGAAAUUGAAGGAACUUAAUGGAAAAAUUGAAGACAAAAGUCUCCAGAUGUCGGAAGACACUCUGAGUGAUAUUGUUCAGUACGUUAGUGACAUAACGAAGGAAUCGGAGCAAAAUUCCACCUGUAUCACGGCGCUGAAAUAUUUGUUUACGUGGCCUACCGAAAAGAUUUUCCCGGUGAUGGAUAUAACGCGUUUAGUGGUGUGCAACCCGAAAGCAUGCCAGGAACUAUUCGAAGGAGACUUCAUAAGUACGCUGCUGUCUCAUGUGAAUCAUCUACAGGCCAAUCAAAUGAUGGGUGCUCGGUGCUUUGCCAAUAUGAUUCCGCAUGCCGCUGGACGGAACGUAGUUCUGGAAAAUAUUCGUCCGAUCGUGGAUAAACUUUCGUCAAUCAAGGUCGGUAGCGCGAAUCUCCAAUUGGCAUUGGCAAGCCUUUACCUGAACCUGUCGAUGACUCAGCUGGAAAAGCCGUCGCUCGAUUUUUGCAAUGUGUUCUCCGACGCUAUUGCACAGUUCCUCAGUUGGGCAACGGAUAAUGAAGCCGUCUAUAGAGGCUACCAGGCACUGGGGAACUUGAUGUCCACGACGCCAGGCACUCUGGUGGCUAACCAUUUGAAGAGCAAUAACGAUCUGAUAGACAAAAUCUUGGUCAAUAUCAGCACUGAAACCAGUGGAUUUGCCAAGUUGAAUGAGUGCGCUAGCUACCUUUAUGAGUUAUUGGCUUGAGGAGAGCAUGUUAUAUCGACUAAAUAAUCAAAUAUAUGUAAUCAUAAGACUACGAAGAUAAUAUAUUGUUUUGAAGUGCAA